GAAGAGAGGGAGCAGGAAGACAGUGAGCAGGAGGAGAGGAAGCAGGAAGAGAGUGAGGAGGAAGAGAGAAAGCAGGAAGAGGGGGAGGAGGAAGAGAGGAAGGAGGUGGAGGGGGAAAAGGAAGAGAGCAAGCAGAAAGAGAGGAAGCAGGAAAAGAGGGAGGAGGAAGAAAGGAAGCAGGAAGAGAGGGAGCAGGAGGAGAUGAAGCAGGUAGAGAAGGGAGCAGGAGGGGAGAAAGCAGGAAGAAAGGAAGAGAGGAAGCAGGAAGAGAGGGAAGAGGAAGAGUGGAAGCAGGACAAGAGGGAGCACGGAGAGAGUGAGGAUGAAAAGAGGAACAAGGAGGAGAGGAAGCAGGAAAAGAGGGAGAAGCAGGAGGGGAGGAAUCAGGAAGAGAGGAAGCAGAAAAAGAGGAAGCAGAAAGAGAAGGAGCAGGAGGGGAGGAAGCAGGAAGAGAGAGAGCAGGGAGAGAAGAGGAAACAGGAAGAGAGGGAGGAGGAAGAGAGGGAGGAGGAAAAGAGGAAGCAGGACGAGAGGGAGCAGGAAGAGAGGGAGCAGGGGGAGAAGGAGGAGGAAAAGAGGAACCGGGAGGAAGAGAGGAAGCAAGAGGUAAGGAAGCAGGAGAAGAGGAAACAGGAAGAGAGGGUGCAGGAAGAGGGGAAGUAG